AUGCCGCCCCCCGUCAGCCCUGUGUCCCUCCUUUUGAUCCUGGCGGCGAUGCCGCUGGCGGUCGGCGCGACCAAGUGCCCAUGCGAGACCGAGGACCUGUGCGCGCCGGUUGUGGCUCGCCGUGCCAAGGAGGUGUGGGGCUUUGACGGCUCGAACGACACAUACCCCUUUGUUGACUGGUCCCAGUUGUCCAUGGUGCUGUGGAAUCGCCACCCAGAGGUGAUGUGUGCCGCCCAUGCACAUGGCGCCCGUGUUGUGGAUGCUGCGCGGCUGACCUCAGUGCCAGAUUGGGAGGAAAUGCUGUUGGACAAGACCGCGAGGGACACGUGGCUGCUUGGGCUGCUGACGGAUGCUGUAGAGAACCACCUGGAUGGGAUCAACUUUGAUCUGGAGGUGCCGAUGAGGGCUGGCAGUGCGCUGUGCGAUGCCUAUACAGCGGCUGUGUCCAGGGCUGCAGACCUCUUCCACAAGGCCAUACCAGGGUCCCUGGUGUCUGUGGAUGUGGCCUGGUCACCCUACAAUGUUGAUGGCCGCAGCUAUGACUACGUCAACCUGGCAGAGGCUGCAGACCUGCUGUUUGUAAUGUCAUACGAUCUGCAGGGUCAAGUAUGGGGUAGGUGCAUCGCACAGGCCAACUCACCCAUCGAGCAGGUGGAGCGCGGCUUGUAUGAAUUCCUGCACAUGGGCAUCCCUGCCAGCAAGCUUGUCCUGGGUGUCCCAUGGUACGGUUAUGACUACCCGUGUGUCACUGCCAUGGACGGCCGGGGCGCUGAACUGGACACCGACUUCUGCCCUAUCGACCACCUGUCAUACUUCAACUGUUCAUGCAGCGAUCUCGCUGGAGCCCAGACCAAGUACAAGGACAUCAUGGCCAUCUACGACACCAACCGCACGACGGACAUCCGGUGGGAGCCGUACCUCAAGGCGCCGUACUUCAACUAUAGGGAUGGUGCCGGCGGCGUCCACCAGCUGUGGUUCGACAACCCGGACAGCCUGACCCUAAAGUACAGGCUGGCCGCUGAGCUGGGCCUCAGGGGCGUGGGCUUCUGGGCCAUGGACAUGCUGGACUACGGGAGCGACGAUGAGGCCGUGCGGCAGCAGACGGACGCCAUGUGGCAGGCGCUGAAGGCAUUCACCCAGGCUGGCGGCCCGCCUGGGGUACCCAGUGACGGGGACUGCGAGGCUGACUGGGCGGCGACGUGA